GGAUUUCGUAGUUUCCUGGUAAGCAGUCAGUCACCAAUUUCAUCACCCCGACGUGACAUAAAGGCGGGAGCUGAACCUCGGCGUUCGCCACUCAGACACAUACCUCUUUCCUGAAGCACUCGCUAGGACCGACUCAUUCCACUCAUGAACCUGCCCCAGCAGCAGGAUCAUUUUCUGGAAAUAAACAAGAAGAACUGCUGCGUGUUCCGGGAUGACUUCAUCGCCAACGUGCUGCCACCGGUGCUGGGGCUGGAGUUUGUGUUCGGACUCCUGGGCAAUGGCCUUGCGCUGUGGAUUUUCUGCUUUCACCUCAAGUCCUGGAAAUCCAGCCGGAUUUUCCUGUUCAACUUGGCCGUGGCUGACUUUCUCUUGAUCAUCUGUCUGCCAUUCCUGACGGACAACUAUGUGCGGAAAUGGGACUGGAGGUUCGGGGACGUCGCUUGCAGGCUAAUGCUGUUCAUGCUGGCCAUGAACCGCCAAGGCAGCAUCAUCUUCCUCACGGUGGUGGCCGUGGACAGGUACUUCCGGGUGGUUCACCCUCACCACGCUCUCAACAAGAUCUCAAAUCGGACGGCGGCCAUCAUCUCCUGCCUCUUGUGGGGUGUCACCAUCGGGCUGACGGGUCACCUCCUGUACAAGAAGAUGCUGAUCAGGAACCGAGAUGCCAAUCUGUGCAGCAGCUUCAGCAUCUGCCAUACCUUCCGGUGGCACGAUGCCAUGUUCCUCCUGGAGUUUGUCCUGCCCCUGGCCAUCAUCCUGUUCUGCUCAGUCAGAAUCAUCUGGAGUCUGCGCCAGCGGCAGAUGGACAGACACGCCAAGAUCAAGAGGGCCAUCAACUUCAUCAUGGUGGUGGCCAUCGUCUUCAUCAUCUGUUUCCUGCCCAGCGUGGCCGUGCGCAUCCGCAUCUUCUGGCUCUUGCACACCACGGGUACAAGGAACUGUGACAUCUAUCGCUCAGUGGACCUGGCGUUUUUCCUCACCCUGAGCUUCACCUACAUGAACAGCAUGCUGGACCCUUUGGUGUACUACUUCUCCAGCCCGUCUUUCCCCAACUUCUUCUCCACCCUGAUCAACCGCUACCUGCGGAAAAAGGCGCCCCAAGAAGCAGAUAAUAUCCAGAGCACAAGCAUGGAGCUCACUGCCGAUCUGAGCACCACCAGGAGCGUGCCAGACAAUUUAGUGGCCCACAUCGGUGAGCCGUGGAACCCGUCUUAUCUGCCCCCAGCUUCUCGCAGUCACCAAGCCAAGAAGGGAGACUGUCACCAAGAACCAAGGUCUCUGGGAAUAGAGUCUGGCUGGGUGCACAAAGACCAUCGUGAGAUGGGGCCCGUGGUUUCCUGGGACUUCCAGAUUCAGAGAAUCGGAUUUAGAGAAGGGGUGUGGCAGAGUGGGCUGCCUGGUCGCGGAGCGUCCCCAGAGGCCUCUUGGGGGGGAACAGAGAGUAAAGCUCCUGUAACUUCUUCCCAACCUCUCUGACACUCACAGAACCGAAGACAGCAGAACUGUCCACACUUGUGCAGAGCGGAGCUGGAGGCAGGGAGACGCCCACGAGCACCUGUGAUUCACUGGCCUUUCCCCCACCUGCCUG